AUGAUAGGGUCCUCUGAUGUCUCGGAAACACCCAGAGUGCGUUAUGAAGGCUACAAAUUCUUCAAGGCAGAUCCCAUUCCAGGGCAGAGGCCGACGUGGACAAAGGUUGAACGCAUGGAGAUGCAUUUGAGUGAGGGUGAGCUAUGUAAAAAGGUCCAGAAACGUGCGAACAAAGUAUCGGCAGCGCAGCAAUAUCAGAAUCUGUCAAAAGCCUGCCAAGCGCACAUUAACCAACUUAUUCACGAGAAGCGACAAACUAAUAUCAAGGGAGAUUGGAGUUGUGUUUACGCAAAACAACGCGAAAGGCCAUCAAAGCCUCGCAAUGCUCGUCCAAGUGACUAUGAGAUUGUCUCUAUGCAGGUUAUCCUGAUGCAAAGGCCUCUGCAGACAACCUCAUACCCAAGGACACCAAUGGGAGACCUCGUAGACUUGGAGCCACACUUCGGAAGCUCUUUUCAGCAAGAUGAGUCUGAUGGUGGAGAAGACAGUCUUGAAACGGCAAAUUGGAAGUUGAAGUCCAAAUCAAGUCAACCCAGACAUCGGUCUCUACCUCCAUAUCGGCGGCCACGAAGUAAUCAGAUGUGGCGCUCGGGGACGACAGCUGAGGGAGAUCAGACCAUCCCAGAGCUACCAACUCGUCCAUUCACAUCAAAUAUAGCCCCUGAGCUCAAUGAGAGCAAUUGUAGCAAAGAAAGCUGGCCUUUAAACGCGAAGAAAGCUGCAAUGAAAGAAAAGUAA